GCAAACACAAGCCACAGGCGUCGCCUUAAAGCGGCUGUGUGUGAGGUUCUGCUGUGCCAUGGAGAACGCGUGUGCUCUGCUGCUGCCGCUCUCCUUGCUGUCCGUGGUGCACGGCGAGGGCCUGGCGCCCGGGCCCAUCGAACUGGCUCCGAUCCCCUGCAACGACAAAGCCGUGGAGAAGCUGUCGCGUCUGGGCGUGACCUACAUCAACGAAGACCGCUCGGACGGCUACAAGUUUGCCCUGAACCGCAUCGCCAACGUGCACCUCCACGCGCAGGGACCAGCAGGCAACGUGUAUUACCUGGACCUGGACGUCCUGGAGACCAAGUGUCACAUACGCAGCCCGAAACCAUGGAAACGCUGUGACGUCAGGCCCUUCAUGGAAACACAAAUCUCUGGUAACUGCAACACCACCAUUCUCCACACACCGGAGGGCUACUCCUACCUGUACAGCUACGAAUGCACGCUGGUGCCAGAUCCUCCAGAGAAGCUGCAGCAGACCUGUCCGACCUGCCCGCUGCUGCUGCCUGUAGACAACCCAGAGGCCGUGAACGCUGCUCAGGUCACGCUGGCAUCCUAUAAGAGGAAGUCCACACUAGGAGCAGGACUUGGAAUCAACAGGAUCACCAGAGCUGCAACGCAGGCCGCGCCGGUGAGAGCCAGUUUUGUGGAGUACACGGUCCAGCAGUGUCCAGAGGGAGUGACAGAACGCGGCACCUGCCAGCGACUGACAGCCGACUCUGACACGGAGGUCGCAGGCUUCUGUACAGGAUCAGUGCUUGGAGACAAGCGCGUACAUCCUGAAGUGCAGGUGUCUUGUGAGAUGUUCAAAGUCCAGAACGUUGACGUGCUCAGACCGGUUCAGCCGCAGGGUCACGACCUCCCUCUGAAGCCCGCGAGACCCACCUUCCCUCAUCUGAUCGACGACCCGGGAAACGCUCCGCGGCCGGUUCCUUCUGACCCCGCGCAGACCCCCGCCGUUCAGCCAGCGCCAGUUGACCCCGCACCCUUUCAACCUCGCCAGGUCGACCCACCCGUUGCAGUUAAACCCUCCAGGCCCCUCAGCUCCUCGUCCAGUGAGGAACAGCAGCCCGCGAGCGGCCUCGAUUCAUCAUCAGAAGAAAUUGGAGGCCCGGCGGCGCUGCGUCCCCCGUUUAACUUCCGCUACCAGAGGCGUGAGCGCAGGAAACGGCAGGCCUUGAACGAGACCGCACCCUCUCACAACCCUGUAUUCCUGUCUGAUUUUCCCGGUGGAUCCUCUCCUUUCCGCUCCUGUCCGGGUCCUGCUCGAUACACCACAGCUUAGCGGGUGCUGCUCGGGACUGCGUUUGUCAGCAAGAAGAAAAAGAACAGCAAGAAAAAUCAGCAAGAAUAUUAGCUAAUUAAAAGAUGAUGUGUAUUUUCACUAGCCUAAAUCAUGACCUAAUAACCUCUCUGGUGCAAUGUCUCCUAAAGCAAGUGGCUUUAAAUAUUUAGGCAAUGUGAAUAAAUCUUGAGUUUUCUCGUUUAACCUACUUAAAACAUACAUGCUUGAGUUGGUUUCAAACUUUUUGGUAGCGCAUAGAGUUAGUAUUAAUGUUCAGUUCAUUUUCAAAAUAUAAAUUUGCUACUAACCUUUCAGCUUAAGUAAAAUAGUUCUUUAUAUCAUCAAAUCUGUUUCUAGACAUUUUGUGUUUUAGGGAAUUAAUAAAGAAUCACUUCACAAUUUCUUGACAAUGAAAUAAACUUCACAAAUUGUG